AUGUGGUUGGAUUCAACAAAUCCAUCUAUAGAGCCUCCGGAACCUAAACCUAUGCCAGGUAGACCAAAGAGUUGUAGGAGAAAAGCCAAGGAUGAACCAAGAAAAAAGCAUGGUAAACUAUCAAAGAAAGGGGUAAAGAUGACUUGUUCAAACUGCCAACAAACAGGACACAACAAAUCUGGAUGCAGGAAAGGGAAUGUUCCAAGAAGAGCUACUCAACAAAGUCAAAAUAUGCCACCACCUCCACCAACAUCAUCUCAGGAAAUACCAUCUCAACAAAGCAAUACAUCCUCUAUAUGUGAGGAUACAAGUGUUGUCAAAAGACAAAGCAACAACCAAUCAACUGGGAUUGGUAGAGGAAGAGGAAGAGGAAGAGGAAGAGGAAGAGGAAGAGGCCAUGGACUAUGUAGAGUAAAAGGAAGAGGAACUACACUAGGAGGAGGCUCGGCUAAUGCAGCAACCAUUAGACAUAAAAGGCCAAGGCAUAGUGGUUUUGGGAUUUUCACUGACACUAUGACUGGAACUACUAUCCUGUAUCCUGGUAUAUCAUCUGAGAGAGUCAUAUCAGCUGGAACAUUCAAGGAUACAUCUGCAACUAACAUAGACAUUGGAUUUAAGCCCCCCGGAUUGAAGUUUAAAGGAAGAAAUGCAGUGACAAGGUCACAACUUCAGCAAAUGAGUGCACCAAGGAAAAAAGGUUCUUCAAGUCAAACAAGUUCAGAUGUAUCUACACUGUGA